AUGCGUUUUGAGGUUGCCUCUGGCUCCAACGCGGUGUCACGCAAUGCCAGCCUCAUGAGGGUUUUUCUGGCAUUGUCUGCCCAGCUGCUCCAAGCCAGGCUGAUGAAGGAGGAGUCCCCUGUGGUGAGCUGGAGGUUGGAGCCUGAAGAUGGCACAGCUCUCGAUGUGCAUUUUGUAAGCGCUUUGGGGCCACUAUCAAAUUCUGUGAAGAGAAAUGUACCCAGAUGUAUCAUUAUCCUUGUGCUGCGGGAGCCGGCUCCUUUCAGGAUUUCAGUCACAUCUUCCUGCUUUGUCCAGAACACAUUGACCAAGCUCCUGAAAGAUCGAAGGAAGAUGCAAACUGUGCAGUGUGCGACAGCCCGGGAGACCUCUUAGAUCAGUUCUUUUGUAUUACUUGUGGUCAGCAC